AAAUAUGAUGGAAACUAUGUAAUAAAUUUGUUUACACUAGUCUCUAAUUAAAGAAUAAAAAAACAGCUUUGAAUAAAUCCAAAUUCAGUUUUGUGUCUUGACAUCUUCUCCCCUGAAACUUACCGUUUGUGAGUGAUGAUGAUGAUGAACAACAAUAAUCGCUUUUCCAUCUGAAAACCUCAAAUCCAACCUCCACGAACAAACCAAAGUUGCAUCUGUUUUCAUUUUUUUUAACAGUGUUGCUCAAACUACUAAAAGGGUAGCUUCAAAAAAAUGGCACAAGAAUCACAACAACAACAACAAGUGGAUCCGAAUAAGAAUGAAGUUAUUCGUUUAGAGCGUGAAUCUGUUAUUCCAAUUCUCAAACCUAGACUCAUCAUGACAUUGGCAAAUCUUAUUGAACAUAGUUCCGACCGAGCUGAGUUUUUGAAGCUCUCAAAGAGGGUAGAGUACACAAUUCGAGCAUGGUAUCUUCUACAAUUUGAGGAUUUGAUGCAACUCUACUCUCUCUUUGAUCCUGUGCAUGGGGCACAAAAGUUGCAACAGCAGAAUCUAGCUUCUGAUGAAGUUGAUGUACUUGAACAGAAUUUCUUGACGUACUUAUUUCAGGUAAUGGAAAAGAGCAACUUCAAGAUAGUGACUGAGGAUGAGAUCGAGGUUGCACAUUCAGGCCAGUAUCUUCUAAAUCUCCCCAUUUCUGUUGAUGAAUCUAAGCUUGACAAGACACUUUUGAAGAAAUAUUUUGAGCAGCAUCAUCAUGAUAACCUUCCAGAUUUCUCUGAUAAGUAUGUUAUCUUUCGGCGUGGCAUCGGAAUUGAUCGAACAACUGAUUACUUUGUCAUGGAGAAAGUGGACAUGCUCAUUGGACGAUUUUGGGCUUAUCUGUUAAGAGUAACUAGGUUGGGAAAGCUUUUAUCAAGAAAGCCAAAGCCUAAUAAGAAGGACUCAAGUGGCAAUGAAAUGAUCCGUGAAGCAACUGGGGAUGACUUAUUUGUAGAACGGAUACGUCUUGAAAGCAUGCAACUAAGCUCCCGUAAUUUACUCGGCAAGACCUUGAUCCAAGAACCAACAUUUGAUAGGAUAAUUGUUGUCUACAGGAGAGCCAGUACAAAAUCUAAAAAAGAACGAGGAAUAUUCGUGAAGCAUUUUAAAAACAUUCCAAUGGCUGAUAUGGAAAUAGUUCUUCCAGAAAAGAAAAACCCUGGAUUAACUCCAAUGGAUUGGGUCAAGUUUCUUAUAUCAGCAGUUGUUGGACUGGUUGCUGUAUUUAGUUCACUUGAAAUGCCUUCGGCUGAUUGGUGGGUCAUAUUUGCUGUUCUUUCCACAGUAGUUGGUUAUAUUGUCAAGACAUAUUUCACGUUCCAACAAAACUUGGCUCAAUACCAAAAUUUGAUUACACAAUCGAUGUAUGACAAACAAUUGGACAGCGGAAAGGGUACACUUCUCCAUUUGUGUGAUGAUGUCAUUCAGCAAGAAGUCAAAGAGGUGAUACUUUCGUUCUUUAUUCUAAUGGAACAGGGUAAAGCUACAAGACAGGAUCUGGAUCACUGGUGCGAGGAACUAAUCAAAGAAGAGUUUGGGGAGGAAUGUGAUUUUGAUGUGGAUGAUGCAGUUAAUAAAUUAGAGAAAUUGGGUAUCGUCAGUCGGGAUUCUAUUGGUCGAUAUCAAUGUGUGGGACUAAAACGGGCUAAUGAGAUCAUUGGCACCACGACCGAAGAGCUUGUGCUCAAGGCAAGACAGGGAAACCUCACUACUUGAUAGUGUUUACAAAAGCUGCUUAGCAGUCUUAUGUACAUGUUAGUGUUGGUUAAUCAUAUGAUAAUCCUGAAAUUAGUCGUUACAUUUUUUCUUCAAAAAAUGCUAGAUUGAUGAUGUUUUGUCUCUUGGAUGGAAUUUGUUACUUUUCUGAUACUGUCUUCUGUAAGUUUUCAUUUUUGUCAAUGUGUUUUCUACAACUUCAUUCUUUUUCCAAUUUUUCUGUGUUAAUAAAACCUACUCUCCCUGUCCCUUAAACUGAAGCAUGUUUAAUUGCAAUGGUUUGUCCUAGUUAGUUAUGUUCAAGCUUUUAUAUGUAAUAUCGUUAAAUUGCCACUGAUUGAUAUCAAUACAGUUUAAAAACAACUGCAAGAGAGAUGUUAAAUUGCCCUAUUUGCGCGCGCCGCGCGGGCUUUCGGUAAGAGAAUUUUUUUCCUUCGGAGAUGGGGACGGAUAUCAUACUCUGUAUGGUCUUUAUCUCUAAUAAAAUUACAGCAGAACUUUUUAAAA